AUGCUCGCGAAAUACAUAGGUGAUAAUGCUAUCAAUCAAUGGGACGAAUAUGUUGAUCGUGCCUUAUUUCCAUGUCGAAUAAGACAACAUUAUGCCACAGACAAAACACCCUUUUAUAUGGUGUAUGGUGUAGAAGCAAAAUUACCAGGUGAUGAAUUAAUUCCUAUCAUUAAUGAUGAUGAACCAAACAAUGUUACUAAUCGUGUACAACAAAUUAAUCGACGACUACAACAACGUGAUACUGUACAUAAAUGUUUAGAUUCCAAUGCUAAUAAAAUGAAGCAGUAUUACGAUCGCCACUUAAAAAACCACGUUGAUGAACUACACGAGAAUGAUUGGGUAUUGAUACAUAAUGAAAACCGAAAGAAGUUUCAUGCUCAUUGGAUUGGACCGUACAAAAUUAGAAAAAUUUGUCCAUUCGGAACGUAUCAACUGGAAAAUGUUAAAGGACAAAUUAAAUUAGAUUUAGUACACCGUGAUAUGUUAAAGCGGACAUAUGUUAAUCCAAGAACAAUGCAACAAUGGUACAAGCCGUCUCAUCGACAUAAUAAACACCAUCUUCGUUAA